AAGAAAGAAAGAAAGAAAGAAAGAAAGAAAGAAAGAAAGAAAGAAAGAAAGAAAGAAAAGGGAUGGAUGGAUGGAUAUGGGGUGGCUAGUAGCAAUUAGAAAAGAACUAGGUUCAAGAUAUCACCCUGCCCCCUACAUCUUUCUGAAGGCUUGACAUGCUCAAUGACACACACACACACACACACUAAACCCAUAGCAAACCCACAGAUGCCAUGUCUAGUAGCUCUCAGGAAACUGAAACAAAUGAAAACUCGCUUGCUUAUCUCUCUCUUCACAUCAGGGCUCCUGCUGCUUCUCAGCUCUAACCAUCAAGGCAUUCUAGCCAACUAAACUCUACUGACGGAGCUCCUUUGAAAACUUUGCUUCAUUUUUCUCUGCUUGCUAGGGGAUUAAACCGUUAGGCAAAACUCCAGCUGAGAAGAGAAUAUGCCGUUUCUUUUCUGGAUCACCUUCCUAAGGAAAGAUUUGCUGCAAACACUUUACGAGUGGUUUGGUUUCUGAUUCUGUAUUUGCAUGUAUGGAGUUCUUAUUUCACAAAAGCAAUCUUGAACAUGGACAUAUAUGCAAAAAGGUUGUUCUGGAAGAGAAAGGAAACUGAUUUGACGCAGUGAAGCAUCAAAUACUGCGGAAGGAGAUUCUGGAUCCUUGCGUGAAACUCCAAAAUACCUCCAAUGGAUUCCUACUGAAUGGCGUUCAGCACUUUUCAACUGUGUCUCUAGACUCCCUUUCAGAAACAGCAGACGUUACGGAAAUGUUGGAUUCAGUGAAAUGCGUUCUGGUGGGAGACGCCGCAGUUGGGAAAACGGCGCUGCUGCUGCGUUUUACCUCAGAGACUUUUCCAGACAGUUACAAGCCAACUGUGUAUGAAAACACAGGAGUCGAAGUUUUCCUGGACGGAGUCCAGAUUAGUUUAGGCCUGUGGGACACAGCAGGCAGUGAUACCUUCAAAGGGAUCCGUCCUCUUUCUUACCAACAAGCUGACGUGAUAUUGAUGUGCUUCUCAGUGGCCAAUCGCAGCUCAUUUCUGAACCUGAGGACCAAAUGGGUUACAGAGGUCAGGACCCACUUGCCUCGGAUCCCAAUUUUAGUGGUGGCUACUCAGACUGACCAGAGAGAAGCUGGGCCUUAUAGUGCCGGCUGUAUCAGCUCUGUGCACGGAAAGCAACUGGCCAAGGACAUCCGUGCUAAGGGCUACGUGGAGUGCUCAUCUCUUAACAACCGGGGGGUACAGCAGGUGUUUGAGUGUGCUGUCCGUACUGCAGUGCAUCAAGAACGAAAACGAUCCAGGAGGAAACUUUUCUCUGUUAAUGAGUGCAAGAUCUUUUGAACAACAGGCCAAAAAUUAUUUCCUUCUCAAGGCACUCUAAGCACAUGAAAAACACGAUCACAUAAAGUUUUGCUUUCUGGGCAGACCAAUCACACUUGGUUUAGGGGAAAUUUGUUUGAUAGGCACAGCAAAACUUUCUUGCCUUAGAAAGUUGCCCUGAAACCAUUUUACUCCCAGCAGCAUGAAUGUGGAGAACUGAGAGACAUUGGAGACUUACAAACUGCAUUACGGUCUCAUUGUUAUUGUUGGGUAUUUUACAAUUAUAUUUAUUUAACACUGGAAGUUUGGUUGCUUUCACUAAAUACUAGACUUUGUCUUGGCUUGCUGACCUGAAAGAGAGACUUAUCUAGUUUUCCUGUGAAUGGCUUUCCUUGCAAAAUAUCACAGGAAUUCUUAUUUGUGGAGGUGCUAAGGAAUACCUGCAAUAGUAACUUAUCCACUCCCUUUUUCUGCUCACAGAACACAGUUCCAAGAGUUCCCAGGGAAAAAGAAUAUUUUUUAAAAACCAGUAUUAGACUUAACAGGGGUCACCACCAACCUUGCUGUGUAGGGACUUUUAGAUUUUUGAGAACUGAUUCUAAGCACUGCUGCAAAAUUACCACCAGAUGUACUGGGGCCAGUCAUAAAACGAUGGGAGGCCCCAUGAAUUGUUACAAGGUUCCAAGCCCAGCAUUCUCCUGCGGAGGCUGCAGCUCUUUGUGUAAGUAACAAGACUUAACCCAGCCACUCUUAUCCCAGACCCAGUUGGCCAUAACAUAGGUGAUGCCUCCAGGUUCUUCUGAAGUGUAUCCUGCUCCAGUGAAAUGCAGGAAAUUCUGAAGAGUGACAUGAACUCCAGG